AGAACAUAGUUACAAAAAAAUAUUUUAUACGUUAUCACUUUAAUAUAAUAAUAUUUGAAUAAUGUUUGAACCGAUAGUUUUAAAAAAAAAACAAUUUCGAACUCUUGCUGGAACUCCGGCUGGUAGAGCAUUUAUAAUUACAAGUUUAACGAAAAUUCUUAUUCCUCUUGCAGGUCUUUUAUUGUUAAGUGAUUUUAUUGAGAAGAAACACAAACUUAUUACUGAACUUGAACUUAAACCUAAAAAACAAACUUUACUUGAUGAAUAUGAGAGUACAAAACAUUUUUGGAAUCAACCCAGAUUCCAGAAAAUUGUUAAAUAUAUAUUAGAAAAAGAAAAAAAAGAAAUUAUUGAGACUAAUAAAUCAUCAUCUUUAUCUGAAAUCAAUAAUUAAUUAAUUUGUAGUUUAUUAAUUUGUACAUUAAAAAGUUGAUAAAAAUUGAAUUAAAUUUUAAUCUAGCUAUAAUUUAUAAAAUAUAUAAAUAUUAUAUAAUAAACAAUUAGU